AUGUACAGGCUGGAAGACAAGGUUAUAGAUAUGGAGGUAGAGUCAGGCACGUCGUCGCCGACGGUCGAUCCUUCGGUGCGGACCAUCCUCAUCGGCCACUCCAUGGGCGGCAUAGUUGCCGCCGAGCUUCUCAUCGCGCUGGCGUCGGAGAAGCCCAUCUACUCGGAAGACGGGAUCCAAAAGCCGGACGACGAGAAGCCCGCCUUCAACGCCUUCAUGUUCCCCUACGUCCAGGGCGUGCUGGCCUUUGACACGCCGUACCUUGGGAUAUCGCCUGGCGUGGUCGCCCACGGCGCCGAGAGCCACUACGAAACUGCCGCGUCGACAAUCUCCCAGAUCGGCGGGUUGAGGACGGCGCUCUGGGGCACGGGCAAGACCAAGGCGCCGGUGCCGGCUGCCGCGCCUGCCGGACCGCCGAGCGCGUGGCAGAAAUGGGGCAAGGUAGCCAUGUACGCUGGCGCGGCGAGUGCCGUGGCCGCCGGCGGAGCAGCAGCGUGGAUGAAUCGCGACCAAAUUGCCGAGGGGUGGACGUGGGCGUCGUCUCAUCUCGAGUUUGUGGGUUGUCUCGCAAAGGCCGAGGAGCUGAAGAAGCGCGUGGGGUUCGUGGUGCGGCUUCACGAGGAGUUGGGCGUCGGAUUCGCAACUCUGUACACGAGGUUGGGCAAGGGUGCGGCCUCCAAGAAGGUGAGUAUGGUUGGGACGGUUCUAGGCAAGGAGAGGACGUUUUGUAAUCUACCCAAGACGACGAACGCGGGCGAUUGGAUGGAGGCCGUGAACGAUAAUGCGAGAGACGAGACAGUGGCACACAUGACCAUGUUCGAACCGAAGGAGAACCCUGGGUAUGGAAAGUUAACCCAUGACGCGGCUUGUUUGAUUGCCCAGUGGUCACGGAACGACUGGUACGAGAGUUCGACUAAGACGACAACGGAGCCGGUGCAAAGUGUACAAGUGGACGACAAAGGAAAGGGGACAGAAGAAAAGGACACAGGGAGAGACAAGGAGACCACAGAGCAACUCGCAUAA